GGUGGUGAAGGCCCCCCCGCGGUGCAGGGGGCAUAGGCCUUGCCCGGACUGGGGAGGCACCAGGCUGGCCAGCAAGAUGGUGGACUCGCAGUACGUGCUGCCCAAUGAUGUGGGGCUGGCGCUCCUGGACUGCAGCGAGGCCUUCCGGCUGCUGCUGCGGGGCGAGCGGCUCUACGCCCACUACCUGUCACGUGCCUGCUGGUAUGGGGGGCUGGUUGUGCUGCUCCAGACCUCACCUGAGGCACCAGCCAUUUAUGUGCUGCUCUCCCGCCUCUUCCGUGCCCAGGACCCUGACCAGCUGGGGGAAUUGGCACGCUCCACUGGCCUCACUGACCAGGAGUACCAGGCGUUCCUGGUUUACGCUGCUGGCGUCUUUUCCAACAUGGGGAACUACAAAUCUUUUGGGGACACCAAGUUUGUGCCCAACUUGCCCAAGGACAAGCUCCGGCGGCUGAUCUGGCAGAGCCAGGCAUUCCAGGAGCAGCCAGAGGAGAUGAAGUUGCUGUGGGAUAGGUGUGGGGAGCUGAUGUUCUCGCUGGACCCGCAGCAGAGACAGCUGGGGCUUAGAGAGAAGGGUACCACCACCUAUUUCUCUGGGAACUGCUGUUUGGAGGAUGCCCAGCUAGCCCAGAAAUUCCUCGACUCGCAGAACAUCAGUGCCUACAACACACGGCUCUUCAAGGAGAAGGACAAGGCAGGGCAGACAUGCUACGAGGUGCGACUGGCAUCAGUGCUGGGCACUGAUGCACCCGUCGACCAUGAGCUGGCCCCCAAGCUACGCAGCUUUGAGUUUGAGGGCUGCACGUUCCGUGUGACCCGCGGGGACUACGCACCCCUGCUGGAGAGAGUGGUGGAGAACCUACAGCGCACCAAGGCUCAUGCUGCCAACACCAACCAGGAGCACAUGCUGGAGCAUUACAUCCGUAGCUUCACUCAGGGCUCCAUUGCGGCCCACAAGGAAGGUUCUCGCUGCUGGAUCCGUGACAAGGGGCCUAUUGUCGAAAGUUACAUCGGCUUUAUUGAAAGCUACCGAGACCCCUAUGGCUCCCGGGGGGAGUUUGAAGGAUUUGUGGCCGUCGUGAACAAGGCCAUGAGCGCCAAAUUUGCGCGGCUGGUGGAGUCGGCUGAGCAGCUGCUGCUGGAGCUGCCCUGGCCCCGUGCCUUCGAGAAGGACACCUUCCUCACGCCGGACUUCACCUCGCUGGAUGUGCUGACCUUCGCAGGCAGUGGGAUCCCGGCUGGCAUCAACAUCCCCAACUAUGACGACAUCCGCCAGACCGAAGGUUUCAAGAAUGUGUCCCUGGGCAACGUGCUGUCAGUGGCUUAUGCCACCCAGAAGGACAAACUGACCUUCCUCGCUGAGGAGGACAAGGACUUGUACAUUAAGUGGAAGGGGCCAUCAUUUGAGGUGCAGGUCGGGCUUCACGAGCUGCUGGGGCAUGGCAGUGGGAAGCUCUUUGUGCAGGAGGAGAAGGGCACCUGUAACUUCGACAGAGAGGCUGUGAUCAACCCGGAGACGGGGGAACUGAUCCAGAGCUGGUACCGGGGCGGCGAGACGUGGGACAGCAAGUUCUCCACCAUCGCAUCGAGCUACGAGGAGUGUCGGGCCGAGUGCGUGGGGCUCUACCUCUGCCUCAACAAGGACGUGCUCCGGAUUUUUGAGCUGGAAGGCGAGGAUGCGGAAGACGUGAUCUACAUCAACUGGCUGAACAUGGUGCGGGCUGGGCUGCUAGGCCUGGAGUUCUACACCCCUGAGACCGGCACCUGGCGCCAGGCUCACAUGCAGGCGCGCUUCGUGAUCCUGCGGGUGCUGCUGGAGGCAGGCGAGGGGCUGGUGUCGCUGCAACACACCACGGGCGCUGACGGCAAACCCGAUGCACUCAUCACUCUUAACCGCAACAAGAUCCUGCCUGUGGGGAAGCCGGCCAUUGAGCGGUUCCUGCGCAGGCUGCAGGUGCUGAAGUCGACGGCGGAUGUGGCGGGGGGCCGGGCGCUCUACGGGGGUUUCUCAGCCGUGACAGACGAGGGGCCUGAGCGUUUCCUGAGCCUGCGCGACACGGUGCUGCUACGCAAGGAGGCACGCAAGAUGUUUGUGCAGGCCAACACCCGCCUGGAAGGCGAGGAUGUGACCCUGGUGCAGUACGAGGGUACCGCAGCCGGACUGAUCCGCUCCUUCUCCGAGCGAUUCCCUGAGGAUGCUGAGCUCUUGGAGCGCCAUCUGCUGGAACUGUCGGACGCCGAUUCCCACUUCUGGGCAAGCCGGGGCUGAGAACAGGGAGACCCAACCCCCCCACUGCACAGGGGACUCAAUACACUCAGCUUUUGUACCUGCCUUUCGUCUCUUUCUGCUGCGUCUGAUGUGUCAAACAAGGGUGGGGGAGCUUGUCCCACAUGAGCAUUAAUGGGGCUCCUCACCACAGCCUCAGCAAAAUGGCAGGAGGUUUAAUGGGCCUUAGUGUCUAACACCCACCCCCCCAACUUCUGCCAAAAGUCCUGGCUCCCAUUCUCUUCCACCAGCACAAGCCACCAAAACAACUUCCUUGCCAGAGUCGGGCAUAGAACCCAAGAGUCCUGGCUCCCAG